GUCCGGGGAAGGGUUUUGCAGACGUACAGGGAACUGUUUGCAAGGUUUCCUCAGAUUUGGGGGUGUUCCGCAGUGGCGGGUCUCGGGACCCAAGGAAACAGAGCUCUUCCUAGGCUCGCGAGAGCGCCCCCUUCUCCCACGGCUGCUGGGCUCACCCAGUAGCAAUGGCUCCGGUGUCCGGCUCGCGCAGCCCGGAUGGGGAGGUCUCGGGUUCGGGAGGAAGACGUCGCAGUUCGUCGAAGAGUCCGAAGCCCAGCAAAUCUGCCCGCUCCCCGCGGGGCCGCCGCUCUCGCUCGCACUCUUGCUCUCGGUCCGGGGACCGGAAUGGACUCAGCCAUCAGCUAGGUGGCCUCAGCCAAGGCUCCCGAAACCAGUCCUACCGCUCACGCUCGCGGUCGCGUUCUCGAGAGCGGCCCUCUGCGCCCCGGGGCAUCCCCUUCGCUUCUGCCUCCUCGUCAGUCUAUUAUGGCAGCUACUCGCGCCCCUACGGGAGCGACAAGCCUUGGCCUAGCCUCCUCGACAAGGAGAGGGAGGAGAGCCUGCGGCAGAAGAGAUUAAGUGAGAGAGAGAGAAUUGGAGAAUUGGGAGCUCCUGAAGUAUGGGGACUUUCUCCAAAGAAUCCUGAACCAGAUUCUGAUGAACAUACACCAGUAGAGGAUGAAGAGCCAAAGAAAAGCACUACUUCAGCUUCUACUUCGGAAGAAGAAAGAAAGAAGAAGAAGAAGUCUAGCCAUUCAAAAGAAAGGUCCAAGAGAAGGAGAAAGAAAAAAUCUUCAAAAAGAAAACACAAGAAGUAUUCUGAAGAUAGUGACAGUGACUCUGAUUCUGAAACAGACUCCAGUGGUAAGAAAGCCAACAGCGUUCUGCAAGCCUUGCUUCAAAACUAGUUUUACUUCUUAAAACAUAUUUUAGAAGAAGUUUCCUGAAAACAAUAGUAGCACUAAAGAGUUUUUGAACACUUGCUAACCUUGUGCCAGGCACCCCAUUAAAUGCUUUAUAUUCAUUAUUGCCAUUUAAUCCAUACAGUAGCUUUAGGGUACAUCUUAUAGAUGAGGAAGUGGAGACAGAGCAGGUUAUAAGUACUAUUCCCAAGGUCACACAGUUGGGAUUCAAACCUAAGUGAUCUGACUCUAGAUUGGAUGUGC